GACUCAUGAAAUCAAAAAGCAAGUAGAUGGAUUGAUUAGUGAAACAAAAGCCACAGACUGUCGCCUUCAUAAUGUCUUCAAUGACUUUCUUAUGUUGUCCAAUACGCAGUUCAUAGAGAACAGAGUAUAUGAUGAAGAAGUGGAAGAGCCUAUUCCCAAAGCUGAUGGUGGAGACAAAACAGAGCAGGAAAAGACACGGGAACAGAAAGAAGCUGAUCUGAUCCCCAAAAUCCAAGCAGCAGUGAAUUAUGGGCUGCAAGUUCUGGACAGUGCGUUUGAACAGCUAGACAUCAAAGCAGGCAACUCUGACUCAGAAGAAGAAGAAAGUAACGAAAGGGUGGAACUGAUACUUGAGCCAAAGGAUCUCUAUAUUGAUAGGCCUUUACCUUACUUGAUUGGCUCUCAGCAGUUUAUGGAACAAGAUGAUGUUGGCCUCGGAGAUCUCUCUAGUGAAGAAGGAUCUGUAGAUAGCGAUCGUGGAAGUGUAAUUGACAGUGAAGAGAAGGAUGAAGAGGAAUCAGAUGAUGAAUUUGGAAACCCUAGUGAAGAUGACCAAAAGAUGAGGACAGCACAGAUGAGCGAUGAAGAUGAUUACGAUGGCUGUGAUCUCUUUGACUCUGAAAAAGAGGAAGAUGAGGAUGGAGACUUAGAUGAAAGCGCAAGGCCUAAAAAGAAGAGGCCAACGUCGUUUGCAGAUGAGCUGGCAGCCCGAAUCAAAGGAGAAGUACUAGUCAAACAGGAUGAAGAGCGUUCGUCCCUGUCACCAGAGACCAAACCAAGGAAAACCCUGAAAGAGAAGAAAGAAGUGAGAGUUCCAUCGGAUGAUGAAGAUGAUGACAUCUUCAAGCCUCCUAAGUUGACUGAUGAAGACUUCACACCGUUUGGGUCUAGGGGUGGCCUCUUCAGUGGUGGAACAGGUCUCUUUGACGAUGAAGAGAGUGAUCUUUUUGCUGAAGCACCAAAAGGAGAAGAAUCACAAGAGAAAGAGGAGCGAGUCCCAAUAAGUGAAGCAUCCUCUACAAAGUCCUUAAAGAAAGUUCCUGCAGGUGCAGUAUCUCUGUUCCCAGGAGGAAGUGAUGUGUUUAGUUCCACUGUAAUUGUGGAAAAAGACAAGAAACCUGCAGCACAGAGCACAGAGAAAACUCCUAAACAACCUGGGAAAGUUGUUCUGUUUGAUGAUGACGAUGAUGACUUCUUCGUGGGAUCAAGUAAAAAGCCUCCAGAUUCAGUCAAGUCCACAGGUGACCUGUUUGAUGAUGAUGAAGAAGGUGACUUAUUCAAGGAAAAACCUGCCAUUCCUCCUGUGGUUGCUGGCACAACUAAAGAAACAGAAAGCUGUAGGGAGACAGUCGUGGAAAAAAAGAGUCAACCAUCUUCAGGUGAGGACUUCAAGCCUUUAUCUGAAAUGCCUCCAAGAAAACAGAGGGGCCUCUUCUCUGAUGAGGAGGAUUCUGAAGACUUGUUUUCAUCAAGUAAAACUGUGAAGUCCAAAGCUAUGUCUCUCCCCACCAGUAAGUCCAUGACAAAAGCUCCGCUCUCCUUGUUUGAUGAUGAUGAAGAGGAUCUCUUUGGUGUGGUACCUGCCAAGAAGCAACAGGAAAAACCCCCGGAAGAGAAAGCAAAACAGUCAGAGCCACUCAAGAAAGCCUCCAGCUUAUUGUUCAGCAGUGAUGAAGAGGAACACUGGAAUGUCUCCAAGCCAGCUAAACUUCCUUCUGAAGAUGACCGAAAAGAGGACCCUGCAAAACCAGCUAGCACUGUCAGUCAGGCUAAAGCUGUGAAGAAGACGAGCCUCUUUGAGGAAGAGGAUGAGGAGGAUUUAUUUGCAAUCACUAAAGAGAGCCAAAGAAAGCCACAGAAGGUAUCGUUGUUGUUUGAAGAUGAUGCUAUUAAUGGAGAACCGUUCUUCAGCUCCCAAUCUACGCUACUUCCUUCAGCUGCUAAGGCUCCAGUGGAGAAAGUAAAACCAGCACAAGCACCACCUUUCUUUAAUGAAGAAGAAAAGGAGGAAAAGGAAGAUCUGCCAGAUAGAGCAGGAAAGUCUAACCAGGUAGAAGAUAGACUGUGGUGUUUAGAAGAGCCUGGAGCAGUUCCUGUGCCUAGAGGAACAGAUGUUGCAGGGCAGCAAACAAAGCAAAAAGUGGAGCCUUUUGCAGCAGCAUCCUCAGAGCCAGCCAGCAGUUCAGAUCUGUUUGCAACAUCACCACCAGCUCUGGAGAAAGAUGUCAAGACCCAAACUAAGAAAGUGUUAAGCUUGUUUGAGGAGGAGGAAGAGGAGAGACUGGAUGAUGAUGAUGGCAUUAAAAAUGCACAGAAAGAAAUUGGUGUGGCUUCUGAGAAAAGUACUCGGCCGAAAAGCACCGGAGUCUUUCAAGACGAAGAGCUCCUCUUCAGUCACAAACUUCAGAAGGACAAUGAUCCAGAUGUCGACCUCUUUGCCAGCCCCAAGAAGUCGAUGUCUGCAAACCGUAUCCUGAAGCCAUCAUCUGGAGGAGGGCUUUUUGGGGAUGACGAUGAGGAUGAUCUCUUCAGUACUGCUAAAACAAAUCUUCCGAAAAUAGCCGAGAAGAAAACACUUAAGGCCAGUACUGGCCCUUCCUUGGAGAGCAGUAACCUUCUAGAAAAUGUUUUAAGUGCUAAACAAGAUGAAGCUCUGAAGGCAGUAACUACAGAGGCUAACUUAGCUAUUAACCCUGCAGCCUUAUUACCUGGUGCAAUGCCUAAGGUCUCCAAUGUAAAGUCCCCCUUACCAGUUCUGGACACUCCAUUGCAUGAGCCCAAGGAUUUACAGAACAGCGAAGCCUUCUCUGCUGCAGGAAACAAUGAAGAACUAGGUGUAAGCUUUGAUCAGCCUAUGCAAGCGGAUACCUUGCACAGCGCCAAUAAGACCAGGAUCAAGGUUACAGGAAAACGAAGACCACCUAGCAGAAUGGCCCGCCGUCUAGCUGCCCAAGAGUCUGAAGAGAGUGAGGAGGUGGACAGUGCUAAAGAAUCACAAUUCUCUCUACCAAAACAGACGUCAGCAACAGUGAACAUAAAGGAACCUCUUGCUAUUGAAGCAGAGUCCAAGGAAAACGGCUUCCUCUCUGGCUUGUCACUACCAGCUCAUGGCAGCGUUUUGUCUGCUGGGACAAACAAACUCCUUCCUCCAGAAUCCACAGACCAAGGGGAUGAUCUGUUUGAAUCAGAAGACCUGUUUGCAACCAGCUCAACAUCCAGACCAGCUGCACAAUCAAAGUUAAAGGAGGGAAUGCCAGACAGUGCGGCUAACAAACCCAUCAAGGGCAGGGAGAAGAAGCCUGAUCUGUCUGUUCUGGGUGAUCAAGACAGCAAUGAUCUCUUCCAGCCUGUACAGCAAAAAUCUUCAACAAAAAGCAGCCCUAUACCUUUCUUGGAGGAAGAGGAAGACUCUCUCUUCACCUGUCAGAAAACUGGAAAAAAGGAGUUGAAAUCUGCCGUCCGGCAAGCUGUUGACCCUACUGCCCAAGAUAUCUUUGAGGAUGAUAUAUUUGCUACUGAGGCAAUUAAACCAAUGAACAAAGCAAAAGAGAAAAUACCAGAAACUAACCUGUUUGACGAUAACAUUGAUAUUUUUGCGGAUCUCACCGUAAAACCAAAAGAGAAGAAGACCAAGAAAAAGGUGGAACAAAAAUCCAUAUUUGAUGAUGAUAUGGAUGAUAACUUCUCUAGCAGCCAAGUCAAGAUACCCACUCCCAAAAGCAGAUCUUCCCAAGCAGCUUCAGAAGCAAAAUCUGAAAGCAAGACACUGAGCACAUUUGAUGACCCGCUGAAUGCCUUUGGAGGCCAGUAGCCAAGGGGAGUGUGUUGCAGAGAGGAGGCUUUCCUUACGCCCUGUCCAGUACUAAUACUCUGGAUUCUCUAAUCAGUAGAGCUGAAAUGAGAUGGCUGUGGAUAUUUAAAUGAGAUUACCCAUUUUAAAUGGUUAGUAUUCUCUUGUGCUGGGUCUAAUUGUGCUAAAUGAUAUAUUUAAAAAAAAAAAGACAGUAACCUCCUGCUAUCUUGUUUCCAUAGUGCCCAGAUGAAUAUAGCCUGUGCAAUACCUGCAAUGAAGUAAUCUAUUAUGCAAAGUAUAGUUUGUUUUAUUGAACAGAUCUAUAGAGAAAAUAAUUGAUAAAUAGUAACUGGAGUCUGUUAAACC